AUGGUUGCUGCAUCAGACAAACCUGGACUCUCCAUCACAUUGCCAAUUUUUGUGAAUCAAAGGCCAGAUAAGCUCGGCAGAGAACUGAAGGCACCUGAUGGCAUUCGAGGGCCAGAAUCUACUAAUUUGGCAGCCACUCGACCAGAUAUCCUGCAAAAACAUGAUCUUGUUUCUGUUGUGCUUCUGUGGGGAGAAAUUAUGGAGAGAUUUGUGGACGGCUGCAUUCACAGGGCAGCUGGCCCCUGCUUGCUGGCGGAAUGCCGCAACCUGAAUGGCUGUGAGACUGGACAUGCAAAAAUCACCUGUGGCUACGACCUGCCUGCAAAACAUGUCAUCCAUACUGUAGGGCCAAUAGCCAGAGGCCACAUUAAUGGUUCCCACAAGGAGGACUUGGCAAAUUGCUAUAAAUCAUCUCUGAAGCUGGCGAAGGAAAAUAACCUCCGAUCGGUUGCAUUUCCCUGCAUCUCAACAGGCAUUUAUGGUUUUCCGAACGAGCCUGCCGCAGUCAUUGCCCUAGGCACCAUUAAGGAAUGGCUGGCCAAGCACCACCAGGAGGUGGAUCGGAUCAUCUUUUGUGUCUUCCUAGAAGUUGACUUCAAAAUCUACAAAAAGAAAAUGAGCGAGUUUUUCCCUAUAGAUGAUAAUAAUGAAGAAGACGUUGACAUGAAAGAAGAAUCAGAAGGGCUAGAGCCGAAAGGUCUCUCUCCACCCCACAAGAAGAGCAAAGCAAAGAAACCAGAAUGUUCAAAAGACUCCAGCGAAGAUGAGAAUGGUCCCGAGGAAAAGCAAAGUGCGGAAGAAAUUGAAGGCCAGAGCCAAGAAGCAGAUGGUGUCAGUGUCACCACCAUGCCCAGUCCCACCACAGAAGAGACGGUCGAGGUUUGUAAAGAUGAAGAAUCUGCAAAGGAUGACAGUAUUCCAAAAGACAAUGAAGUAACAGAUGACUCUGCGUGUGAUCAAGACCAGCCCAAUGGACAAGAGAAUGAUUCAACAAAGAAUGACAUAAAUCUUGAGACAGAAUCCCAGAGCUCAUAUAUGGAAACUGAAGAGUUUUCAUCAAACCAAGACGAUGCUACAAUUGUAGAGCAACCAGAAGUGAUUCCACUGACAGAUGAUCAAGAAGAAGAAGAAGAAGAAGGUGCAAACGCUCUAGGCGAGGACACACCUACAGCCUCUGAGAAAAGCCAGGGCUCCAGUGACACCAAAACUGCUACCAGUCCUGAUGUUGAAAUGAAUAGUCAAGUGGACAGUGUAAAUGACCCAACAGAGAGUCUGCAAGAAGAUCACCAAUAGGGGCACAAGGUGAAGCACAGGAACAGAGAAAUCAAAGUCAACGACAGCCCUCAGCCCCACAAGGCCUCUCUUGGCCUUGGGGAGUUGGGGAGAUGAC